GAGAUUGAAAUAUUAUUGGCAGCUAGCUGUCCAAGAGAAGGACUUCUUCCAAGAACAGAAUUUACCUUAGAGCCUUUGAAAACUGAGGAAGAGGUGAAGAUUUUUUAUGAACGUUUAGAAUUAGACAAUUUAUUUAUAACCGUGGGAAGUAACGUGAGUUUAGUUGUAACCUCGGAUUAUUUGGCUAAGUUUUUAAAAACCAAAUUAAAUCAUGCUUGUUCGCGUGUACAUUUAAGUGAGGAAAGAACGACAUUUUGUAAGGUUAAAGAAAAAACGGAUUAA